UCGAUAGGCCAUCGACAUUUUCGCAGCUCUAAUCUGGCGCUUUGCGAUCCGCUCCAUUGUUUUUUUUGAGUUAAUUUGUGUAAUUUUGACGUCCGUCCGGGGAACACCCAAAGAGCAGACGCCAUUGUUUACGUUGUGAAGUCACAAGUUUGAGAGUCCGGAAUCGACCGACUUGAUCAGUGACACAUUAUCGAACCGAUCGCAUACGGGACAAAGUCUAAACAGGAACACGAGCGUUGCGCAUUGCGAAAUUCGGGCAGCACCACGUAGCCGAAAGAUGCCCAUAGAUACGCGGGAGCUGAUGGAGGCAAUAGCCAUAGUGGCGGACGAGCGCAAUGUGCGCGUCACCGUGAAGCAGUCCGGCAAAGGAGCGGCCAUUUGCGCCGCCUGCUCGUUCGCGGGUGGCAUGCUCCUGGGUCCCGUGGGACUGGCAGUGGGCGGGGCAGCCGGCGGCAUCGCCGCCUAUAAGAUGACUAGCGGCUCUUUCAGACCACUCGGUGAAGUCAUCCUGAACGACCUGACAGACGCACAGCGCGAGCAGCUGGUUCAGCACGUGUCUAAGGCUGUGGCCGACAUACACCCUACCGACUUCGUGAUGCUCCUGCCGCUGAUUGUCCAAAACGCCUCCAUCCAGCAGGCUGUGCUCAACACGGUCAUGUCCUUUGUGACCAACGAGUUGCGCAUGCAGAUUGUCGAUUGACCUGCUGCGUGGAGCAAUGGGCGAUGGCCAGGUAAUUGCGAAAUUCGGAUUCGGGCAUUCAUUUUAGUCGAAACCUUUGUGAUCUGUGUAGGUUUAUUAAUAAAUACUCUAUAUGUACAUAAA